AUGUAUACACUUUCGGCCGGGAUUUGGGAGAAGUUCUUCAAAAAGAAAGACUAUUAUGUGGUGAUUGUUGGACUUGAUAAUGCUGGAAAAACGACAUUUCUGGAACAGACGAAAUCACAUUUUGUAAAAGAUUAUGGAGUGUUAAACCCGUCAAAAAUAACAGCAACCGUUGGUUUGAACACCGGCAAAGUAGAGCUGAACAACACAUGUCUUCAUUUCUGGGAUCUCGGCGGUCAAGAGAGUCUCCGAGAACUCUGGGCAACAUAUUAUGACGAUGCAAAUGCUUUAAUUUUUGUCGUCGAUGCCACGAGGAGUGAUCUUUUCCCAAUAGUUGCUUCUCAGUUCAAAGAAGUAAUGUCGAAUGAAAUUGUACAAAAUGUUCCAGUUCUAGUCGCGGUGAAUAAAAGUGAAAUGGAAGGAGCUGCAGCGGCUGCGGAGGUCCGAAUGCUGUUAGAAGAUGACAAUCACCGAUCAGAUCUCGCAGUUCUCCCUGUCUCAGCACUCGAAGGAACGAAUAUCGAACGAUGUGUACAUUGGAUUGUUCGAUCAUUAGCUAGUCAACCAUUGUAUCUUUAG